CUGCUCUGCCAUUUCCAAUUUUGCUAUUUCUGUGAUUCUAUCAUGUUUCAGAUGGAUACAAAAAUAGCAAGAAAGCAAAAAUUCCUGUAGAUUUUCACAGACUUGUUUUCAUUCACCUCACCCCCCUCAAAAUCUACUCAUCUCGGAGCUUCCAUUAGUAGUAAUUAGUAUUAUGUUUAGCUCAGAGGCGAUCACGAGAGAUAUGAGCAGAAACAGCAGCUUUCUUCUCUCAAAUCCGAUGGGGUCCGAUUUGUAUGUGAAUCAAGCUCAGCUUCAGCAGCAGCAGGGGCUAGCGCGGUACCGAUCGGCGCCGAGCUCGUUCCUGGCGGCGCUAUUGGAUUCGACUGGUGAGAACAGCAGCAGCGGCGACGAAUCGGAAGCUCUGCUGUCGGCGCUGAUGGAUGGACCGCGUGAUCCGAACCAGAAGAGCGGGAAUCAGAUGCAUUAUCAUCUGAAGCAGGAGGCCGAAUCGGAGCCCCGGCCUGUCGUCGGAUCUUAUUCCGUUGGGAUGGAGAAUUUGGUUAAUUCGAGGAUCAAUAAUGGCCCCAAUCUUGUGAGGCAGACCAGCUCUCCUGCUGGAUUCUUCAAUGGAUAUGGCAUGAUGGGAGAGGUGGAGAAGUACAGAGCUCAAAACCAUUCAAAAGCUACUCCAUCAUCAUCACCAUCAUCAGCUGCUGGCAUGAGCAGUCAUAUUAAUUUCUCAUCCGCUUCAUCCUCGAGGUUCAUGCCUACCAUACCUGAGAACGUCAACGAAAGCAUUGGCAUGCGUAGCCCUGAGAAUGGCCAGUUGGGAAGUGCUAAUGCCAGAGAGUUCGACGCCCUCUUCCCUCAGGACUCGUGGAAUCAUGACACUCCUUUCAAUAGCUUGAAAAGAAGUCGAGGUGGUGACACUGUGAAGAUGUUUUCCAGCUUCAAUGGAUUGGAAAACCAGAAUGGAGAACCAAGGAGAAGCCAUGGCUUAGUUCACCAUUUGAGCUUGCCUAAUACUGCUUCUGAAAUGGCCGAACUGGAUAAGUUUAUGCAAGUUCAACCGGACACCACCACUCCUUGCCAGAUUAGGGCGAAAAGAGGCUGCGCCACUCAUCCAAGAAGUAUAGCGGAGAGGGUGAGACGCACCAAAAUUAGUGAAAAGAUGAAGAAGCUGCAAGAUCUUUUCCCAAAUAUGGACAAGCAAACAAGCACAGCUGAUAUGUUGGAUUUGGCAGUUCAAUACAUUAAAGACCUUCAAGGUCAAGUAGAGACGCUCACGGAGACGAGGGCCAAGUGCGUUUGCUUGAAAAGACCUCAACAAACAACUCCCAAAUCGUAGCAUAAGCUAGCUUCCACUCGCCUUCUAAGUCGAGGCUGUCGUGUAUACGUGCUCGUUUUGGCCAGUAGGUGAAGGAGUGAUUUCCAUUGUCAAUGUUUGGUAGCCUACAACGUGGAUUUAAUCUAUAUAUGUAGAUUGAUUUUAUGAAUAAUUUGUGUAUAUAUAUUUAAGGUGCUUAGACUUUUUAGAGACUACGUUUUGGUUACGAAAUUGUGUUCUAGUUGUUGGUGUUGA